AUGGCUGCGCAGACGUUCCUCAAGAUACUGACUUUCACGGGUUCCGUGUCCGCCUCCACGUUGUACUCGACCUACAACUUCAACCCUCUGGAGCAUCUCGCAGGCAUCGCACCCUACUUUGAGCCACAAGAUCCCUCGAUUUCGCCAGACGCACCCCAGGGCUGUGUUGCUGAGCGUGCUGCCUAUCUUGUGCGCCACUCCGCCAUCUACGCCAACGACUUUGACUUUGAGACCUACAUUGAACCAUUCCUCGAGAAGCUGGACAACAAGACCGGCAUUAAGUGGAACCGGGUCCCCGAUCUCAGCUUCUUGGACGACUGGGAGGCACCUGUUUCCGACGACGAGGUCUCCAUCCUGACACGGGUAGGCCGUCUUGAGGCCACUCGUCUGGGCGUGGACAUCAACUUCCGCUACCCUCAUCUGCGGAAUCCCAAGCGCGUUUGGACGUCGUCUGCUGAACGGACUGUCAAGGCUGCCCAAUCUCUGGCCCGCGGCCUGCAGUCAGAUGAGGAGAGCAUCAACGUCGUCGAGAUUCCGGAAAGAUCAGAGUCUGGCGCCGACAGUCUUACCCCCUACAAGGCUUGCCCAGGCUACUCUGGAUCCACCGGCAGUGAUGAAUCUAGCAAAUUCCAGGAGAGGUAUGCAAAGCCCCUGGCCGCUCGCUUCAACGAGCUUGCUCCCGACUUCAACUUUACGAUCAGCAAUAUCUUUGGCAUGCAGCAACUGUGCGGUUACGAGACUGUCAUCCGGGGAAAGUCGCCCUUCUGCGACCUAGAUCUUUUCAGGCCUGAUGACUGGCUGAGCUGGGAAUAUGCGGAGGACGUUCGCUAUCACUACAAUGUCGGGUAUGGCAACAAGGUCUCGGGGCCGGUCGGACUUCCGUGGUUGAACGCCACUGCGGAGCUUUUGCUCGACAACGAUGCAGGGAAAGAUGCAGAGGACCUGUACGUCAGCUUCACUCAUCGCGAACUGCCCCCAAUGGUCGUUGUAGCCAUGGGACUUUUCAACAACUCAGAGUUCAGCGGCGCCAAUAACAUCAACGAGACCAUGCCGUUGGAUCGUAUCAACUACCGUCGAGCCUGGAAGUCGUCCAACAUCAUCCCCUUCUUGGGCAACAUUGCCCUUGAGCGCUUCAAUUGCACCGAUGCUCCUGGCUACAAAGACGACGAAUACUACAGAGUUCUGGUGAACAGUGCUCCGCAGUCUCUCCCAGGCUGCUCCGAUGGACCGGGCACUUUGUGCUCUCGCGACGGCUUCAAGGAGUACCUCGAGGAGAGAAUGUCCGCUUUCGAUGAGGGUUUCUCGGAUGCCUGUGGCGUUGAGUACGGUAACAGCACGGAUGCCCUUUCCAUCUACACAGACAAGUCAGUCGGAAACGGAACAGCGGUCGAGAAGCGCUAUAACGCUUUCCAUUCGGAGUAA